ACAUGGACUACUAUCUUCAUUGUUGCCGAUGAAGCCGAAGUAAUAGAGGUACUAGAUCGGGAGCAUCGGGAAUUUUCAUGCGCGCGCAGGAAUCCCACCCACCCUCGCACCUUCCAAUCACGGUGAACCACGGAGCGACGAACACCCUCCUACGUUCCAACAACCGCUUCGCUCGUUGCAACGAAAUCUCGCGCAUGCUCAGAGCCCAUGUCCCGAUCUAGUACCUCUAUUGCUUUGGCUUCACGAUUCCCAUUCAACAACAAUAGGAGAUAGCAGUCCAUGUAUAUAUAGUCAAAGUUAUCAACAUGUUUUUAUUUUCUUAUCAAAAUUUCUUCACAUUUAUUUUUUCAAUUUUCAAAUUUUUGAAGUUAAAUUUCCAAAUUUCCAUCAUUUUAUUUAACAAAAUAAAUUAUUUAAUGAUGAAAUGUGCAAUAUGUAGUAAUGCUGAACCAAAGUAUAAAUGUCCAAAGUGUCGUAUCAACUAUUGCUCCUUGAAGUGCUGGAAAUCGCAUUCUUCUCAGAACUGUGAACCAUUUAAAGAAACGUUACCGUUAAGGGAAAGUACUCUCGAAAAUUUCAUGUAUAAAACAGAAGAUACUGUACCCCCUGAAAAACUGAAGUUAUUAGAACACAGCGAAGGAGUUCUAGCAACUUUACGUAAUCCUCACGUGCGAAGAAUCAUAGACCUAAUUGACAAAUCUGAUAAUCCUGCUGUUGAUCUGAAAGAAGCCAUGGCAGAACCUAUUUUCGUUGAAUUCGUUGAAGAAUGUUUGAAAAUUGUCGAGCCUGAGGAGGAAUUAACGUAAAUUGUGUGACAGAAACUAUGAAGGAAUUGAUGACUAAUGCAUAAUUCACUCAAACGUCCAUUCGACGUUUCUCCAGUUGAAAUAUCGAUGAAAUCCGGAACUGGAUGUAUCCCGACGAGAAGUAUCAGUGCUCCAUUUCGAUUUGUAAUACAAACCCCACCAGUUGAAUCACUUGGCGAAAAUAAGACGAAGCAGUGUUUUGAGACGUUCCAAGUUUUUAAUAAAUUUCAUCAAACACGUUCAACGUGUAAUUUAUUUUACUUCAUAUAUCAUCACAAUAACACGUAAAAACUAAACAAAAAUUAUUAUCCGUUUCUAAAAUCCACACAGGUGCAAAAUUAUCUGGCGUUUUCGCAUCCUUAGACGCUAACACGAAAACAUACAACAAAUUAAGAAAAAUCUUUAACAAUACAUUUAAAAAAACACAAUUUGAAACGUACAUAAAUUAACGCGACUAGCGUAUUAUUGCACCUCUACAUAUCGGCAUUGUAACAACAUAAACAAAAAUUCAUACAACAAAAUUCAACUCUUCUCUGUUCCAAACUUACAAAAUAGAAAAAAAUACGGUAUGUAUAACGAUUUCUUCGUUAAAUUAACAUCAGUCUUGUUUAAUUAAAAAAUAACCUUGGAUAUAUGCUUUGCAUCGAAAUAAAAUAUAUCAUUUAAACGAAGACACAAUGUAUAGGUAAUAUGUUGUUGUACACGAUUUGUAAAAAAUCUUAAUAAAUAUUGAAAAGGAACUUUAUCAAAAAAUAUGGUCGUUUUUUUUUAAUUUU